AGCUGCGAUAAUACGCUUAGUAUUCAUUUACAUGAAUACCACUGUGACAUAAGUCGCCUUCUGAUAGGCCGUCCGCACUGUGGGACGGCGCUUUGGUCAGGGUUCCCCCGUGAUGCGUGCGUAAUGCUAUUUUCAAUCGUGGAAUAUAUGGAUGUGGGCAUAGCGCUCAUUGUGCUGCUCAAGCUUGAAGUCUAACGAUAUUGGGCCUUUAAUUUGUCUCCAUCCCCCACAUCAUGCAGUUGUUCAUCCCCUCUGUACUAAAGGCCUUCAAGGCCCUAUUCAAGUGUCCACAUUGGUUGCUGCGGAAACUAAUCAGCAUAUUGAUCGGCUGGAGCAAGCCGCCGCCGCCGCCGAGACCAUCCUCAGAUUUACAUUCACCAUCUGAUUCACCGUACGAAUCUACUCACUCGCAGCAGCAAAUAUCAAGCCACCGCCAUCACUCGCCACCUCGUUCAGCGGCCCGGACCCCUUCCCCCCUUCGGUUACCUUUGCAGCACUCACCCCAUCAACCCCGUCACCAACCGGCGAGCGUACUAUUCCCUACACAACCUACACCCUUCGUAUUUCCUGAUGUUGCUCCGGCCACCAAGCCUCGAUCACGUCGCCACUCUGUACCUGCAAUAAGGCCAGAGGUUGCUGUGGCGCCCGUAGUGAUUGACCCUCAGGAAGGCCCGGAGUCACUUCGAAUCAGAGCUAAACAUGAGAAAGAUCAGAUGACGGAAUGUUUUCGGAAGGAAGACGAAGCGAAAGCUCGCAAUGAGCCACAGCGCGCUGCAGACUUAAAUCGGAAUGGUAAAGUCCACAAAGAAAACAUGAGAUGCUUGGAACAGGAAGCCAACGCGAAGAUAUUUCAACAGAACAACCGAAAAUCCAAAUCCAACACAGUCGAUCUCCAUGGACUCUCUGUCCGGGGAGCCCUGUUCUACUUCAAUAAAACUGUUAAAGAGACCCAGGACCGUGGAAAAUCGUCACUUCGUGUGAUCGUAGGAAAGGGAAAACACUCCAUAUAUAACAUCCCGAGGCUCAAACCUGCAAUCCAGGCUCAUGCAGCAAGAUCGGGUCUGCGCGUCAGAGUGGAUUCUCGCAAUAAAGGUCGCCUUGUUGUGAGUCGACUUAAAGGACACAAGCGGCGUUCAGGGAGUAAAGUAUGACUAGUGCUCUAUGAGAGUCAUGUAUAUGAGAUUUCCGCCCAUGUUGAGUCUUAGCGUGUGCUUAUAUUCCUGCAUGGGAAUUUUUGACUGCAAAUCAGUUUUCUUGGA